CUAACCAGGCGCAGUUGACUCUAAUACUGCAAAUGACUCAUUUCAAAGUUGAAAAAAUAAUGGGAUGUGAUUGGUCUUUUCACUUCGGGUGAUGUUUUUAAUACUUCCAUAGACUUCUUUGAGAGCACUUGAGUUUUCAUAUGCAAACAACUUUGAAGCACCAAAGACUGCUCCCACCGUCUUGGUAAUCAAUCACCAAACUCAAUUAUUUUUAGUGUUGAACAUCGCAGGUGUAUAUUACAUAUACCGUAAGGCAUAUUUCAACUGCUAUACAACUUUAAAAAUCAUAGCGCACAAUAUUUCUUAUCUUCCAACAUGAACAGCACCAAUGUAAGUCAUCUAAACUGCUUCUUUUUGAACGUAAACUUGGACCAGACAAAAGACACCUUCAUCGCAAUCAUUCUGACAUGUACUCUCAAUGUAGUGUUUUCUCUAUUCACCUCUACUGGGAACAUGGUUAUUUUACAUGUCAUCUGGAAGAAACAUGAACUUCAUUCACCGUCUGUCACCCUUCUGUUUUGCCUUUCUGCUUCGGAUCUUCUCGUGGGACUGAUUUGUCAGCCAUGUUUCGUGAUUUACAAUAUUGCCGAACUUUCAGAUAACUUUAAUGUGUACUGCACAUUCCGAAUCGUUCAGACGAUAUCUGGCUACAUAACGUCUGGUAUGUCUUUGGCAACUCUAAGCGGGAUCUCUGUCGACCGACUUCUCGCCCUAACCCUGCAUCUACGAUACAACACGGUUGUUACUGUCGACAGAAUAGUGCGAACUGUUUCUGUUCUUUGGAUCGCAUCUAUAACGGUGGUUGCGUUGCGAUUCUGGAUAAGCAAGUGGAUUAUUUUUCCUACUGUUUUAUUUCUUUCAACCUUUGUUGUAACAACCCUGAGCACUUUGAAGAUAUUUCAAAUCGUUCGCACACAUCAGCGCCUGAUAAGCCAACAACAGCAGAGUAUUCAGAUUAACACAGUAACGGCGUUGAAGUGUAGGAAAUCUGCUGUGACUGUACUUUUUGUUUAUGGUUUGUUCAUGUUUUUCUAUCUUCCUUUCUUUGUGACAAUGCUUGUGGACUCCUUAACUGGAUACUCACUAGAUGUGAAAAUCGCCUAUGAAUACGCGGGAACUGCCGUUUUUAUCAACUCCUUCUUAAAUCCACUUGUGUACUGCUGGAGAAUUAGUGAGAUACGGCGAGCUGUUAAGAAUUUGUUAAGAAAAAACUGAAAAGACACUCGACAAUUACAAUAUUAUUCUUAAAUUCCGAUCUUUCUCAAUCUUGCCCUUUGUUACACGCAAGGUUCCUAGGAAGCUUGAUGUCUGGGCUCCAGCAUCGCUUUCUAGACUUUCUAGCUGUGACUGAACAAAAUACACCAGCUGCCAUGAAAACAAAAUUUCCUGUAGGAUAUUCAUCAUGCUGGGACAUGCUGAUCUGUCUGGGUACUUUAUUAAUUCGGCCUUUCAAUUAUUCUGGGAAUCAUCCCAUGCCAUCGAUAGAUAGCUAUAUUUAUAGUCUUUCAAUUGAAGUGUCUUCAGCCUGCUUUGUCACACGAUCGCGAA